GGCGGUUUUUCGGCGCAAGGAACGCAUUUCAGUAUCCGCUUAAUUGAUGUGCGGUCGUCUUGUCGUUUGCUUUAAGUUGUCAGUCGUGGAAAUUGAGGAGAUGGCUUUAAGGGGGGUCGUUUGACACAUGAGAGAACUGGCGCCCCCUGCCUGCAUCAGUGGAAACGUCUCUGCAGCAAGUCGUCCUUUGUCUCCCAGAGCAGCGAUGUGACGGUAAAGACCACCAUGACGAGAGACCAGCAAGUCGCUGAGAAGACGGUUACAUCCCGUUGAACAUGGCCUCCUUCAAAGUAAACAUCAAGGAAGAGGAUUGUGAGUGGGGGUCAUCCAGCCCGGCCUCCCAGAAGGGCCUGCAAGUGAAGCAGGAAAAGCCUGAAUGGGGGCCUCCCAGUUUGAAAGAGGAGGCAUACGGUGCAGUCAAAGGAGAGACUCUGGAGCAGGCGGAGACCCAAAAGGGAAACGUGUUCGGCGUCGUCAAAGAGGAGGACAGUAACUCCACCUUAAGGCCUCAUCCGGUGCCCCCCAAAGAGCUCCUUGACAUGGGUCCACUUUCUCCUCUGCCGCCUUCUGUCCGGUGCAAGUCUGAGGACGGAACGUUCAAAGAGGGCGGCCUCAAAAGUGGUGAGGAAGAGGAGCAGACACCAUUGGUAAGACGGGCUGAAACAGAUUUACAAGAGUGUAAUAAGUGCCCUGAUGCUCAGCCUGCUUGUCAGUUCACGACCCAGUGGAAGCCAAGUGGUGAUGAUGAUGAUGAUGAAGUCAUAAAAUCAAACUCCAAGACUGGAAAAUUGAAAUUGCGCCCCCUGCCGGUCAUUAAGUUGUCAAGAAUAGAAAUCAAGACUCAACGAAAGCAAAACGCGUUAAAGCCCGUGACGUUAAAUAUCUGUAAAGAGUGCGGGAAAACAUUUACUCGCAAGUCUGAUUAUAAGCAACACCUGAGGGUUCACACCGGAGAGAAGCCGUACCGCUGCGCUGAAUGUGGGAAGAAAUUCUCGCACCGAAGUCAUCUCUCCACCCACACCAGGAACCACACGGGUGAGAAGCCUUAUUCUUGUUCCGACUGUGGCAAACAUUUCUCUCAACGAGGCAAUCUUGAGAGACAUACAAGAAUUCACAGUGGGGAGAAACCCUACUGUUGUAAUGAGUGUGGAAAACGAUUCUCACAGAGAGGCAAUCUUCAGAUUCAUGCUAAAAUUCACACCGGUGAAAAGCCAUAUUUCUGUAGCAUCUGUGGAAAACAGUUCUCGCAAAGCAGUAGUCUGAAGAAACAUUUGAGAAUUCACUCCAGAAAGAAGCCAAUUUGUUGUACGGAAUGUGGUAAAAACUUCCUCGAUACUCAGAAUCUGAAGCUGCACCAGAGAAUCCAUGCCUCAACGAAGCCCCAUGGCUGUACAGAGUGUGGAAAACGCUUCUCACUAAUCACCAGCCUUCAGAUCCACACGAGAAUUCACAGUGCAGAAAAUGGGUUUUGCUGCUCUGAAUGUGGCAAACGAUUUUCCCGCCUGAGCAACCUUCAGUCGCACAGCAGAAUUCACACGGGCGAGAAGCCGCAUAGCUGUUUUGAAUGCGGCAAGAGGUUUUCUCACACGUGCAACCUUCAGAGACACAUCCGAACUCACACGGGAGAGAAGCCACACUGCUGUGCUGACUGCGGUAAGCAGUUCUCACACAUCGGCAAUCUGCAGAGACACUCUAGAAUCCACACGGGCGAGAAACCAUAUUGCUGUGCCGAAUGUGGCAAGCAGUUCACACAGAGGAAGACGCUUCUGGUACACCACAGAAUCCACACCGGCGAGAGGCCGUAUUGCUGUGCAGAGUGUGGGAAAUGCUUCACGGAGCGGAAAACCUUUCAGAUACACUACAGGCGGCGGCACGCUAGAGAGAAGCCCUAUUGUGCUCAAUGCGACAAGCACUUCUCGCAUGUUUCUAACCUUCAGAGACACCUGGCAAGUCAUAUUUAAGAGAACAAAAUGGACGACAAAACAAUAGUUGCCACUGGAAAAAUCUUCCAAAAAAAAAUAACCUACCAGCAGCAGAGAGACUGAGGGACCACCCUUCAGCCCACAUAACAGAACAGGAGUGGUAGUCACGUGGCACAUACGUAUUCCACCAGAAGGGAUAGUUGAUGCCAGAAAGAGAAACCGUUGUAGACAUUUCAGUACCAUGUGACUCUUCAGUAUUAAGAAAAAAUAUUAAGGAAACUCAAUCUGAGAUGUGCAACAUCUAAACUGACAUUAUCAAGGUGGUGCUCUAGAGUUCACAGGGCUAAUUAGGGGAAGCUUUCAGGCCCAUCCUGUCAUCCUCCUGGUUUCAAUUAAUCUCUAUGAUCUAUAGAAGGUAAGGUGGCUGCUACAUUUUUAUCAUGACCACAUGAAGUUUUUUUUUCUGCUGUGCACAUGCAGCAGGAGUGUCGCAAAUGCACAGAAAGUGUGCAGACUUUAAAAGUUCGUCAAAUUUAUAAAUGAUGUGUAAUGUCACCUAUAUCUGACUUCUGAGCUAGACGGUGAUUGUUAAAAUGUACGGAUUUUCAGCUGGUCCCAUUCUACUUCUCUGGUUACAUCAACUGCAUAACAAUCUGGACACUCGGUCACCAGCUGCUGUUGAAGCCAAGCGCAUACAAGCCAAUACAUCACAUGGUCAAAGGUAGGUGGACACCCACGCAUCACACCAGCACAUGCUUGUUGGACCAUCGCAUCCCAAACCUGGAGGUGGUCUUUACCCCCUUGCGGCUUUAUUGACCUCCACACAAUAUUUGGACAUGGCUAAAGCACAACAGCAUUAGUGAGGUCAGGCACUGAUGUUGGCAAACAGCCUAAUGGUGUUCAGUCAGCUCAGGUUCUUCCACAUUAGGCUUGUAGGAACCUCCCUUGGUGAUGCUGAAACGGCAAACUGGAAGUCAUCAAUCCUGUAGAAUGACGAGCAUCGAGAUUUCCCCUUCCUCACCCCAUCCCUACUGGUCCACCCUCCAUCCCACUUUACAGCUGGCUCUCCUGCCAGUGGCCGACCCCAGAGUCAUCUUUCAGUCUACCGAAUGGUGAAGUGUGCUUCACCACUGCAGGGUCCGAAGACCGUGUGCUCUACAUGGCGUAGGCUUGGCUGCUUUACUGAAGAUCGGGUCUCAUGCUGAUGUUACUUCCACACUUUCUACUGAGGAUGGCUGAUUUCUGACACUCUUGAGCACUCCGUGGUCAAAUCGUGUGAGCUUGUGUGGCUCGCCAGUUAUCAGUCAUACCGACACAUCACUUGGACCGGAGAACGGACACGGCAGUCGUAGGGAGCAACAUUUCUUAUCCAAAUAUAUUUGUGUAUUUCACAUUUUACAAUGAAUCGUAGAGUCAGUUUCACACAUCUCUGCUGUCCACCUCUAUUUUGCUGUUUUUGUAUUAAUGUGCCUUUUCCCUAUGUAGUUUGCCCCCUUCGUUUUACUUGAAUAAUGACAAUAACAAAAAAAAGAACAUGUGAGGGCAAAUGACACUGAAAGACAAGCGGCAGUUCCACUAGUCUGAGCGGGAGAUAAGAACAGCUUCAAUGAGCAGGACGCCUGGAAAAGCUAAAGUUCAAAAUGUGACCUCCUCUCCCUGGUCCUUAACCACCGCCUGUAGUCAGAGGGACUUUUGUUGUUGCUUAAUUGUGUUUAUGGUUUCUUCUUCUUUAUUUUAUUUUUUUGUGACUAUAAUGUUUUUGUUUUUUUGGUUUUUUUUUGUAAAGCACUCUGGGAGGCACUUUUUGUAUGGAGAUGUUGCUGUUGUGACCUCUUAACUAACGCCUGUUACAUUCCAAUAAAAUGGAGCAAUUUCAGACCGUCUGUCAAGCCCUUACCAGUCUGCCAGUUCAUUGGACAAAUCUGCACACUUUAUGUUUAUGACUGGAGUGAUUGAGGUAGUGGGGUUAGCACACGGCACCCACUGUGAGGAGAUCGAGAGAUCGCCACUGUCUCCCUUGCAGGGUUUAGAGGAUGAAUUGUUAGAUAAGCGGUUUUAACCAAGUGUGUCUAAGUUUGUCACGGGAUUUAAGGUCUUUGAACAUUAGAACAAUCGAGACAAGGACAGGCCAUUCACGCCAAUAAAGCUCACCAGUCCUAUCCACUUAACUCUCCUGAAAUAACAUCAAGUCGAGUUUGGAAAGCCCCUAAAGUCUUAUUGUCUACCACACUACUUGGUCGCUUAUUCCACAUGUCUGUUCUUCUCUGUGUGAAGAAAAA